AUCACGCUGGCCAGCCUCCUGACCCACCCGAGUAACAACAGGAUUAGGCAGCAGCACAGCGACAGCAGCCACCGAGGCAGGGGCUGAAGGGGAAGAGGAAGCUGGCUGGGACCUUGGAGGAGCUGGGAACCGGCCCACUGCAGAGCUGAGCUGCAGGGGAAGGAGAGCUGUUUGCCAAGGUCAGGAUACAUCAAAGUUCACGUGAAGAAGGGCAAAGGGUGUUCUUACUUCUGCCGCCACUCUGUCCUCUCCACUUACAGUACAGAUGAAGGGAAAAGCUGGAAGUAUGCUACAUGAGAAGCAAAAGCAGGAGGGACACAUCUGGGGCUCCAUGAGGAAGACAGCUUUCAUCCUGGGCUCUGGCCUUCUCUUGCUUGUGGCCUUCUGGAAUUCAGUCACAUGGCAUCUUCAGAGAUUUUGGGGUGCUUCUGGCUACUUUUGGCAAGCCCAGUGGGAGAGGCUGCUGUCUACAUUUGAAGGAAAGGAGUGGAUCCUCUACAUUAUAGGUGCCACCCAAGUGCCCAGUCUGCUUUUCUGGAGUUUCAAUGGGCUUCUAUUGGUGGUUGACACAACCGGAAAACCGAACUUCAUCUCCCGCUACCGAAUUCAGGUCGGCAAGAAUGAACCAGUGGACCCCGUGAAACUACGCCAGUCAAUCCGCACAGUUCUCUUCAACCAGCACUUUAUCACUUGCCCUGUGCUGGUCUUCCUCUAUCCCAUCCUCAGAUUGUGGGGAGACCCCUGCCGCCGAGAGCUACCCACCUUCCACUGGUUCCUCCUGGAGCUGGCAUUCUUCACUCUGACUGAGGAAGUCAUGUUCUACUACUCACACCGUCUCCUUCACCACCCAACAUUCUACAAGAAAAUCCACAAGAAGCACCAUGAGUGGACAGCUCCCAUUGGCGUGAUUUCUCUCUAUGCCCACCCUAUUGAGCAUGUGGCCUCCAACAUGCUGCCAGCGAUGGUGGGUCCCAUAAUAAUGGGCUCCCACUUGUCUUCCAUCACCGUGUGGCAUUCCUUGGCCCUCAUCACCACCACCAUCUCUCACUGUGGCUACCACCUACCUUUCCUGCCUUCGCCUGAAUUCCAUGACUAUCACCAUCUUAAGUUCAACCAGUGCUACGGCGUGCUGGGGGUGCUGGACCACCUCCAUGGGACUGACACCGUGUUUAAGCAGACCAAGGCCUACGAGAGACAUAUCCUCCUACUGGGCUUCACUCCACUGUCUGAGAGCAUCCCUGAUCCCCCGAAGAAGACAGAGUGAGAGAGGGCCCGAAUGCCACCCUGGCUGUCCCCUCAGCAGUGGACUGCUAAGGUGGCCUGAGGCCUCCUGAUCGGAACUAACAACUUGCUCCUUCAGCCAUGCUCUCUCUAAUGACGGCCCCAUGAGGGCAGGGGGAAAGUCAGCUUCCUAGCAAAGCAGGGCCAAGGAUGGGAUCAGGGCUCGCCCAGCUGCCACUGUUGUCUCUCAAGGGGACCAAGACUUGGCUUAAGGAAGGGAAAAAACAGCUCCCAGAGACUCCUUUGUGGCCUAAGCAAGAUGUAGAGAAUGACAGAGGUGGCAGUGAGACUGGAGGCUACAUGGCUCCAGGGACAGCUCCUUCUGGUCCCAGGGGUUGGGGGAACCAGAAGACAUCGUUUUGCUCCUUUCUGUCCCCAAAGCUUUUCUCAUACCCUACUCAGGUCAGGGCCAACACACACACACACACUGAGUCUGUGACAAAGGCCCCACUUCAACUCUGUUCCACUGCAAACAAACAUCAUCCCCCUCUGAAAAAAAAAACCCCAAUCCAGGGAGCUCCCCACUGGAUUAAAACUGAGAUACCGGCGAGGCACAGAGCAAGCCCCAGUACCUUCAGCCAUGCAUGGAAACCAAGCCCUGUGGACUUGAUAAGCUGGGGCCCCUUUUAUCCACAGAGGGAGGGGUCAGUGUUGCUGACUUUUGGGGACACCCAACAGAGGCCCCUUAUUAGCCUCUCUGAAGCAGGAUCAAAGAGGCUAGAACCCUCUUCCUCCAAUGAGAAGGCAAGAAAAAUAUAGCUGAACAAAGGGCAAAACCUUCAUUUUUCCCCAAAUGAUUAACCAGCUGUCUCAACACCACUUAUUCCAGAUGAUUUCAUCAGUGAUGCCAUUUUCAAGGGAAACCUUACCAGGAACCUUAUCAUCUAGAACAAAACCACAGGGAGGCUCAGGUUGAAGCAGUCCUCACUCUGGCUUUCCCUUAGCAGCCACUGACAUGGCCGGGAACAUGAGGCUCCCAAGAACUGGAAGAACUCUUUGGUUUGAAAGGUCAUUAUCAGUUACUGAAUUCUUAUGUAUAUUUGGGUCUAUUUCUGAACUUUUGGUUCUCUUCUGUCCAGAAAACCACCCACUGUAGUUUCAUAAUAUUUCUGGUAUUAUCUGGUAGGGCCAAAUCUCCAGGCAGAACUACCAAAAACGACUUCUUCCUAACAGCCCUGGACCCCAAAGGACCUGCCCAGUAGACCAACUGGGCACUUAACAGGCAGCGAACUCCCUGGCCUUCCAAAGCCAUACCCACCCUCCUCUGGCCUUGGUGGGCCUGGCUCCUCCCUAAGACAGCUGGUGCUCUCAGCUUAAGCACAGCUUCUGGGGCAUCAGUGCUCUAAGUUCUCACAGCUGCUGGCCUGCACCCACAACCUGUUACUACAAAUAGCUAUUUGGAAAAUAUCUUCAGUGUACUUAAGGGUAGGGAACAAGGAGUGUGGAUAGAGAGAGGGAACAGAUGUGUUCUUCCCCUUUAAGGUCUUUAGGUUUUGAGGUACUGUAGGGGCUUAGAGAGACAAGAGGCUGUCAUUCUCCCACCACUUUUGGCAGGCAGGUGGUGGGCCCUGGCGGAGGGGCCCAGCUCUAACCUUUUCUGCAUCAAACAGAAUGGCCCUGAGCUUGGUUAACAAAUAAGACUCAAGAAAAGGCUGAGGUCUCAAAAUUCCCAGCUGAAGAUGUGAAUGUGAAAGGAGAAAGCAUGGAAAAUAAACUGGCCUCCUUUCUUUCCA